GCGCGGCUGUCAUCUUACUCUCAGGCUUCGCUUACUUUUUGGAAUUGUCCUUGCGUCAAAAAUGGCCUCGAAAAGAAGAUUCGACCCUGCCAGCCUCGAAGGAGUUCCAAAGGGCGAGAGUUUCGCCAUCCAAAUCACAGGACUCUUGCACUCCGUACAAACGUCUUGGUUUGAGAGUACGUUCAGUAGCUACGGCCCGAUAUCCGGCGUGGACAGAGAGGAAGGAACGGUGUGCAUCUACUUUAACACUCGUGAAGCAGCUGAGGCUGCUUGCAGAGAGAUGAAUGGAGAGACCAUUGAUGGUAGUGCUUUACGUGUGAGACUCGUCUCGCCGCCAUUGCCUUCUCAUCGUUGUGUUAGUGGUACAGUAACUACUAGCGCUACUAGCACUGUUGAAGUCAAAGGAGAUGUACAUUCAAUCAAGCUAACCAACAUCCCACCCUCCAUAGAUGAGACGAGUCUUCUUGAGAACUGCCAUAACCUUGCAGGUUUCUCUAGCCUGAAACUAGUUAAAGUAAAGGGUGCUUCCACAAACUAUGCCUGGGUGAACAUCAGAAGUAGUGAUGCCAUUCCGGCUCAGAGGGUGUUAAAUGGAAUGGUCCUAGAUGGCCACACAGUUAGGGCAAGCCAGCCUAAACCUUACAGUCAAAAAUGUACAGAGCAAUACAUUAAUGAGGUGGAGGAAGAGGCACAAAUUCGAAGUUCAGACUUGCCAAGAAGGUUUAGCUUCAAGCUGUCAGAUAAUGUGAACACAGGACUUCCCACUACUGUCCCAGCAGUUCAGCCUGGUGCGAUUGCCAUGAAAAACCUUCCCAUGCUGCCUUCUGACUCACAGAGCUUGUUUCAGCCAGUUCGUUGUGGGCUUGACUUGUCCUCUGCCCAUAGAUCAAUGCUGUCCACCCUCCCAGUGACAUCCUCAGGCCACCCUGUGCCUUUAAACACUCUCCAAGGUGAAAGUACUAAGAGUACUACGGAAAUUAGCAAUGUGUCCACCACUGUGUCAGGGCCUGGGCACACGUGUGUAUCACCCCACAGUUUACCAGCAGCAAUACCACGUCCCACUCAAUGCAAGAAACACGAGACUAAAAUAAGUCCUUCAAGGCUUGUAAAUGUCAAUACAACUCUUCCGAGGGAGCUUAUAGUUCGUACACCACGGGAACAUAAGGCUACUCAACCACGGGAACGCUCUACACAACCACUCUCCCUCAGUCAGUCCGAGACGCAACGAGUCACAUUGUCUGAAGCAUCCACAAUAAUUGAAAGGGAAACACAGAGACGGUCUGAAAAAGAGGCAGUGCAAAUUUCACAGAUCCCUUUGUUAAAAUGAAACGAGCAAAAACGCUUCCUGCAGCUUCAACACAGUUGAAGAGCACACAUGGUCCGGUAAGUCCCAGUGAUAGGGUAGGCAGAUGGAAAAGCAUAGUAUCUGAAACUGAGGAAAACAGAGUGAGUGCAAUUCCCCAGCCUUCAAUUCGACACACACAAACUGCACCUGCAACUUCACUUUCAAGAUCACCCACUAAGGAUCCAGUAGUAAGUCCCAGUAGCACAGCAGAAAGAGGAAGUCUUUUCAAAGACGAUUCCGGAGGCAAUCCUUUUCAGCAGGCGCUUGCACGUUGUACUUCACCUAUACCUCAAAUGCAGACACCAGCAGUGCCACCAUCUCCACAGCAGACACCAGCAAAGCCACCAUCUCCACGGCCAACAGUCUCCAAGAAAAAGCCUCAAGUCUCGGAGACGGUCGAGUGCUCGCACCUCACAAGCAAGAGAGUCCUGUUCUCCAAGCACGGAAGAGAGCUCGAGGCUCUUCGGGAGAAGUAUGGAGUCUCAUUGAGAGGGGAUGAGGUGGAAGGUGUAGCCCUAAGUAUCACCGGUGAGAUGAGGAGUGUCCAACAAGCAAGGAACAAAAUUAUUGACCUUGAAAAGUGUGUUCAAGCCAGCAUUUCUUGUGCGACUUUCACCAUGAGCUGUGCCUUCCUACCAUGUCUUGCCGGGUCUGAUACGGUCUUGUCCUUGCAAUCAGUUGAGAAACGAAAUGCUGUUGACUUUGCUGUAAUGGGCGUCAACUGUCAGAUGAGUCUCACAGAGUGCUCUCAGUCACUAAAAGCCAAGUUGGCAGAAAUAAAGGGCCCCGUCUGCCUCUCUCAAGUACAGAGUUUUGUGGAGACUAGACUUGGUUACUUCUGGAAGGUGAGAAACACAACAACAGGCGAAUUUAUAGGACUCGAAGAAGUGAUCAACAAGAAGAUCAACAUUGCAUACACUGAGAGGAAGCCAACCUGUAGCUUCACAUACAACUCACACGUGUACGUCGUAGACUUUUUACAAAUGACUAUCACUGAUCAAACUCUUGAAGGGCAGGUCUACAGCCUAAUAAAGGAACCGGUGUGGUGUCACUACAUGGAUGAUGACUUUGACUACAAGCCACUGCAAGAGAGCAUCAGCACCAUCAUAGAGUCAAUUUUCCAGCAGGGUGCCCCUGGAUUCAUCACGAUUGAAGGGGAGCAGUGUGUGGUGGAUUUCCACUCAACCCCCAUGCGGGCGUACAGCACAACAGGAGAGCAUUCCAUAAUUCAGAGGCGACCAGAAGUUGACCCAUCAAGCCUUACUCCUACAGUAACGAUCAGAGUGAGGGGCCUGCCAGAGAAAUUAGCUCCGGCAGAACAAGACUUCCGUCAGAUUCUCCGAGACAAGAUAAGUACAGAGGAGCUGAAAAUCCCGACUAAAAUCCAGGGCAAAGUCACUCAAUUGCUUCUCACGACCAUUGCAAGACAGUACUGUGUCCAGUGUGUCUAUGGCGCGGACCAGCAAGUAUUGAAACUCUCGGGGACAAAGGAAAGUGUGAGUGAUGUCGCCAGACUUCUUCUGGAGGAAACAGUCAAGAUAAUGUCGGAGAGUGACAUACCCCGUGAUCAGUCCGUGACUCCACCACAUUGGGUACCGCAAACCAGCGACGUACAACUGUGCCCAGUUGAGAAGGGGACUUCAGAGUGGACACACAUUGAAGAAAUGAUGAAGGAGAGCCUGACAAGUGUAAGAAUAGAGACCAUUCAACGGAUACAAAACAAGCACCUCUGGCAGAAGUACACCUUUUUCCGUCGGGUCAUACAGAGGAGGAUGGAAGGAAGGGACAUCAAUGAAAAGGAACUCUUUCACGGGACAAAAUCAAACCAUCCAAGCGUGAUUUACGAAUCUGAGAAAGGAUUCGACUUUCGUUUUGGCUCUAGUGAGUGCCUGUGGGGUCAGGGAAGCUAUUUCGCCGUGAAAGCCCGCUACUCUGAUAAUGGCUAUGCUUACCGCCUGUCUGGAGGCUCUAAACAGCUGAUCUUGGCUAGUGUAGUGACAGGUGAAAGCAAGUUCAUGAACAAACGGGAAAAACUGAGUGUUCCCCCACUGAAAUCAGGGAGUACAAAGGAGCGAUACGACACUAUAAGAGCAACCACUGGUGGGAGUGAGAUUUAUGUUGUUUAUGACCACGAGAAAGCAUAUCCAGCCUACCUUAUCACUUACAGAACUUGAUUAUUAUAAUGUGUUCAAUUAUUUAGCUUUGUCCAUGAAUAAU